CAAAUUCGCAUUAAACAUGAGAACGAAACUAGUAAUUCUUUUUUGUCUUUUCACCGUCUUUGAAGCGCAAGCUGACAAGGGAAAUCUAUUUAAGAGAUCGUGGAAAAGUAAACUGAAAAGCAGAUUAGGAGCUUACCAGGAUAAGAUUUUUAGUUAUGUUGAUGAUUAUGCAUUUAAAUUUGGUCUUUUUGGGCGAAGUAAAUGGUGGACUGGAGAAAAGAGAGAGCAAAAAGUGAUAACUGAAAUAAUCACGUAUGAAUGCUGCUAUGGGUUCUCUAGAAAAGUUAGCAGUGUUGGCUGUCCAAUAGAAGAAGUAUUGAAAGAUCCGUUGACCAUUCUUCGCAGUCUGAAACUAGAUAUGCUUUCAGCUGCUCUGUCUGAGUUUAAGAUACUUAAGGCCAAGCAAAAUUAUACAAUAUUUGCUGCUAGCAAUAACCAAAUUAUUGGUCUUGAGCGAAAGGUUAAAGAUGACAUACUGAAAGAAAUGAGAGAAAAUAAAUAUGAUUUUGUCACAAUAAAUCGUGCAGACCCUUCAAGUUACCUAAUAGAUAGGGAAAACAUGGCCAUGGAAAGAGCUUUCUUUAAUCAAAUUGUCAAAGGAUUUGUUAAACUAAGAAAUUCUAACAAUAAUUUUGUUUUUCAAAAUAUCGAUCCAACAUCUUCUGUCCGCAUCAACAUUUUUAAUUAUCCUAAAAGGAUUUCUACGGCCAACUGUGUUCCUAUAGUUUCAGAAAUUAUCCACUCAAAAAAUGCCAUCAUAUACAGGGUAAAGGAUACUUUACCUAUAGUUGAUAAAACGUUAUUGGAUAUUAUUCAGAGGCCGGAGUAUUCAGAAUUUCUAAACGCUUUAAAAAAAUCAAACAUUAACUUAUUGGAGUCACUAGACGAUAUGAAGAAGCGUUUUACUAUCUUUCUUCCGACUAAUGAAGCCUUUAAGAGGCUUAAAAAGAAUCAAUGCCUAAAAAAUAUUUUGUUAAGCCACAUUCUGCCGGACAUUUUAUGUUCAACUGUACUGGCUAAUGAGAUGACGGUGCUAACAUUGUUAGAGAAACAAACAAUAAAAAUAACAUUACAAAAUGACACUAUAACGAUUAACGACCAGUCUAGAAUAAUAAAAAGAGAUAUCAUGGCUAGAAAUGGUGUCAUACAUGUAAUAGAUCAAGCUUUAACACUGGAAUCUGCUAAGAGUGCCUAUCAAAUUGUAGAAAAGCAUAACAGAGCAGCUGAAUUCGCAUUGUUAAUUAAAGCGGGUGAGAAUCUAAAAAACUUUUUCAGAGAAUUAGAUGACUAUACUAUUCUGGUUCCGCAAGCGAGUAGUUUAAAAGAAAUGAAAAAGAAAAUCAAUGAUAUAGAGGAGUUUGUUAAGUAUCAUACAAUUCAAGGACUUUAUCCACUUAAAAAUAAACAAACCAACAAAAUAGAAACAUAUGCUGGAAAAUCCAUUGUUUAUAAAAAAAAUAGAAGAAAGUCUAUUUUUGAUUGGAUUUCUCGUAGUCACAAAUCAUCACAAUUUCAAUGCUCUCGUCUUCUUACUUAUCCUAUUCUUGGCUGUAAAAGUUCUAUUGUUUUCAUAUCAGAGCCUCUUCAUAUCCCUAGUGGGAACUUUAUGAACGUUCUUAGAGCCGAAGAGAGAUUUAAGGCAUUUUAUAAUCUUUUGGUGAAAACUGCUCUUUCUCAGGAAGUAAAACGACUAAACUAUUCUGUCACCAUCCUUGCUCCAAUUACGGAAUUACCUGAUGUAGUUUCGUCUUACGAUGAAAAGGAAUUGAAAGAAUUUCUAAAGCGCCAUAUACUAACAAGAAUAUGA